AUGGUCAAGAAACCAGCAUCCCUCAAUCUUGAAGCCCUUAGCAGUCUUGACAAAGACAAACGCCAGGUAUAUCUUGGAGUUGUCGAUCAGCUUCGAGAGUUAGGUGUCGGAGAGGAUUUAUCGCUACCCCAGCUGGUGGUCGUCGGAGAUCAGUCCAGCGGAAAGUCAUCGCUGCUUGAAGGACUCACGGGAUUGUCUUUUCCCGUGGCGAGUGAUUUGUGCACCAGGCAUGCGACCCAGAUCGUUCUCCGCCGGACGGCAGCUCAUGAGGCUGCCAUACGAGUCUCCAUAAUCCCAGGGCCCAGCAGCAUCAACAAUGCCGAGGAGAGAGCACGCCUGGACAAGUUCACAUGUUACAUAAAGGAGACCGCGUUUGGCGCGGAUGAGUUUGCCGGGAUUCUCGAUGAGGCCUCGGAAGUGAUGGGUCUUCCACGGGUCGACGCUACAAACCUGGACAAUUUGGAGAGGCGUUUCUCCGACAACGUUUUGAAAGUGGAGCUGUCGGGACCCGAACAUCACCACCUGAGCGUCGUGGACGUCCCUGGCCUGUUUCACAAUCCCACUAUUUACCAGACCAAGGAGGACCUCGAAAUCAUUCGGACGCUCAUUAUGGACUACAUCUCGGAUCCUCGAACCAUCAUAUUGGCCGUUAUGGAUGCAAGAAACAAUCUGGCCAACCAGGAGGUUUUUAAAAUGGCCCGUGGGGUUGAUCCCCGCGGUGACAGAACCGUUGGCAUCAUCACCAAGUGUGACGUGGUGCAAAACGGCGAUGAAGCCGGGGUCAUCCGCAUUGCGCAAAACACCGUCGAGAAAUUGCAACAUGGGUGGUUUGCGGUGCGAAACCGGUCUCCUUCGGAGAUCAAAUCCGGGGUGUCCUUGAGAGAACGUCACGCCAAAGAGCAGGAAUUCUUCACGAUAAGCCCGUGGAGCGAGCUUCGCAAAGACCGCGUGGGUAUUCCGGCCCUGAGCACUUUCCUGGCACAGCUGCUUUAUGAACACAUUCGCCGCGAAUUUCCAGCGGUGGUGGCCGAAAUCGAGGUACAUUGCAAGCAGCUCCAGGCCGAAAUCGAAGACCUGGGGCCUCCUCGACAGUCGACAACGGAACAACGUCAAUAUUUAACCCAUGUAGCCAGCCGGUAUCAAAAGACAGUGUCGGAUUCUCUGAAAGGCAUUUAUGAUGCGGAUCUGGCCCGCGAUCAUCCCCUCAAACUAAGAAUGCGCGUGCGGGAUUUGAACGACGACUUUGAGCGAAAGAUGUCGAAACAUGGCCAUACAAGGGCAUUCAGGAAUACUGAUGACAAGGAAGACCCAACCUACCAUUUCCAAAACUCGGAGCUUUCCAGUAUCUAUGACUGGAUACGAGCAUCCUACCUCGAGUCCCGGGGCUCUGAACUCCCGGGUUGCGUCAACCCGGCUGUGAUUGAGAAUCUGUUUCGCCAACAAACCUCCAAGUGGCAGGAGCUGGCGGAGAAGCAUCUUGAAAAAGUGAAGUCGGCCAUCGACUCUUUCCUCAUCGCGGUCAUAGAGAAGCUGAUAGUGGAUCCGACGGUUCAAGAUCGUAUCCGGGCUCGACUGGUUCCCAUGUUAGACGAGGCGGUCGACCAAGCUUACCGAACUCUUGGGAGCGUUCUUCAUGACGAGAGGGGAGGAAUUUUGCAAACAGUUAACCACUAUUUUGCCGACAAUCUGGCUGCGGCACGGGAGGAGCGCGUCGUCUCGCGAUUGCGAAACCUCGGGAUCGGAGACGGAUAUCCCAUUUCGGCUGAUCUCGCGGCCCUGACCAAAGCUGCACAUCUCAGCAAUGAAGAGCAGGCAGUCUAUGAUAUUCAUGACAUCCUCAAGGCUUACUACGAAGUGGCCAUUAAAAGAUUCAUGGAUAAUGUUGUCGUGUCGGUGGUAGAGAGGUGGUGGCUAGGCCCGAAUGGUUUUGUAGGCAUGUUCGACGGCGAAUUUGUCGGGAGUCUCUCCGACGAAGAGCUGGCGUCUAUUGCAGCAGAGAACUACAGUACCACAAAUGUGCGAGCUGAGUUGAAGGAGAAACUUCGUCGUUUCGAAGAAGCACGGCGCAUUGCCAAGUCGAUUUGA